AUGGAUCAACUCAAAGGUGCCCUAGGCAGCUUCGGCGGUGGCAAUAAGAAUAACAAUGAGGGCGAAAUGGCUCAGGCAUCAGAAGGGAAGUCUACCAGCCAGCAGUCUGGAGGCGGCGGCUUCCUAGGGAGUCUCGGUGACAAGCUCAAUUCCGCUGCUGGUGGAGGCAAGGAAAGCGAGAAGAAUGAGGACUACCUCGACAAGGGUGUCGACUUUGUCCAGGAGAGAUUCAUGGGCGCUGGGGACCAGAGCAACGAGAGCGCCGUCGAGCAGGCCAAGGAUGAGCAGAUCUCUGACUUCCUCCGAGGCCAGUACAAGAGCACAACGGGUUCGGACGUGCCUAUCAAGGACAAGGAGACCAGAUUCGGUUGA